CUCCAACUGCCAAGUGAGGGGGAGCAGUGGGCUGUUCUGGGGGAACGCAGGGCGUUGUCUUAGCGAGAACAUAUUUUCAGAGAACAAUCCGGCACAAACGUUUUAAGACGUUUCCAGGAGCUGGGUUUUACAAGAGCGCCGAUUUAUGUUAUAAUUAUGACUUUGUUUUGGUUGUAUUGACUAGUUUUAAAAUGAUUUAAGUGUUUAUUGGAAUUGAAGAAAAGAUUUUUAAAGAUAAAUUUUGAACAAGCAAAAGACAUUUUUUUUCUCUUACUGGAUAAUUUUAUAUGUGAUUCUUGAUCUGGCCUUCUCUUUGUGACAGACCACUUCAAGUGGUCAUUGCUUCACUGACAAUGUCUGGACAGAGACUAUUGAAUCUUUGGACAUGUGCAAUUAUUACCUUACUUGUCCAAACAACCACUGCUGAAGUGUGUGAUAAACCUACUAGUCAAGUGACACCAAGGACCAGCCAAUUAACAGCCUCAUCAACAGCAAGCGGCUUUAGUGUGGAUUAUGGAGUUUACGACUGUUGUAAUACUCUCAGUUUAGGAGGCUGGUGCCAUGUGACCAACAGAAGUGACGAAUGGUAUGACGUCAGGUUUACGUCAGCUGUCAACGUCACCGUAGUUGUCCUGCAGCAGCCCUAUAUCGCCGCUGGUGCGUCCCCGCCCACAGUAACACAGUUCAGAUUGCUGUACGAAGAUGCCAGAGACCAGUUCGAUGUGUUGACCAAAUAUACACUUCAGAACAAUGGGACGGACCAGGAGGUGAUAGAUGCUGUUUAUAGUAAUGGUCAGUUCAUUCUGAAUUUAUUGACACCAGUUAUAGCCAGGCGGAUUAGAAUUAUUGUGGUCAACUACACGGACAGACCUUGCAUGAGACUGGACAUUAGAGGCUGCCCUGUUGACAUGGCCCCUCCAGAUAGUAGUAUUCCAAAGGUGAGAUUUGAUCCAGCCAGCAGUAGUGGGGACUUAAGGCUACUGUGCAGUGCAUCCAAUCUGUCCUACUUCGCUGUCGAUUACCUAGUCACGUGGUACAGGAACACAGAGAAAGUCUUGGAAGAGAAACUCACUAAUGAUGCCUUGACAUCAUACCUCAAUGUGACCGUGGAUAAUUUCUCCUCUCGACAAACGCACAAAUGUCAUGUCCAAGCGUGUUACCAAGCAGUUUGUUCAAUCAAUGCCACCUAUAGCAAUGGAAACUCUAGUCAUGUAUACGUUCCAGACAUCGAGAUAACAAAUACAGAGUCUUUAGUUCUCAGGGAAGGGGAGACAACGUAUGUCAAGGUUCACGCCACUGCCCCACCCUAUCUGCUAUGCACCACAGCAGGACAACAACUAGAUUGCGACAUCACUAUCGUAGCUACUUCGUAUGACGACAAUGCAACGAUUUGCCAAGAGAAGGACAAGCUUAUACUUCCCCACCUACUCUUUUCGAACAACGUAAUGGCCAAACAAAAUGAUGCUGUCAACUGUGAAGUUCUGUUGACUAAUGACAACUGGAACCUCGAGCAGUUUAUAGCUGUCACUUUAAACUCUGGUGUGCACCUCAAUGGACCAUACUACAGUACUAUUAAAGUUGAAGCUAAGCUGGACAAUACAUUAGGCAGUUACAAUAAAACAAUCGGGGUCAACGCGACUUUUGAAAGACAAACUUCUGUUUGUGAGUCUACUGGUAUCUCUCACUUACGAACUUUUCAGGGCAGCCGUUAUGAUAACAACGAGACUGGGGAGUUUGUUUUCUACAAACAUACAUUGUAUCCUUAUGAGGUUCGCAUAUUCAACCGAGAAUGUGCAUUUAACACUGCAAGUCAGAGGAGUUGCACAUGUGCUGUGGCUGUUAGGAUCAAUGAAGAUGUCGUACUCCUGAAGGGUUGCCAGCCUGGAGAAGAACUUGAACCAAAAUUAUUCAGAGGAAAAACUUCUGACCAAUUUUACGUCAGGCGUUAUGAUGGAGGCAGACAGUUUGAUGUCAUUUUGCCAACAGGUGGCCGAGUGGUGAUACAAAAAAACUUUUUAGACUCCAUAAAUAUUUGGAUUUAUCCAAGUGUAGCAGACGUGAAUUCAACUACAGGUCUUUGUGGAUCUUUUGGGCAGGGAUCUCGUGAUAUGACUUUUACUACCGCUGACGUAAACAGUUGGAGAAUUACUGGUGAUAAAACAAAAAGUUAUUACCAUGGUCGCUGUCCAGAAGGAUUAUCUUCAGAUACAUUCACUUAUGACAGCUUAUCACAGUGUCCACCAAAGAUAACAGGGAUCACAAAGACUUUUGGUGCAUAUUUAACAUGUGACAUGAUGUCAGAAUAUUAUAAAGAUGCAGACAUCACAGAAAUUCUCCAUGAGUUAUCUGAGAUGCCUGGUAAUUGUGUGAUAGGUGACACAUUGCCAGAAUUUACAUUAUCAAAGUCAGCUACAUCAAACAAUGCUACAGCAGCUUGGAACACUACAACAGCAAGAUCUGAGUGUGAAAAAGAAGUUAAUUCUAGUAUUGCUAGAGAUCAAUGUCCACUCAAUUUAUUAGAGGAUGCAGACUUUAAUAACUGUGUGCUGGACAUUAUGAAUUCAGGUUUAAGAGGCUAUAGCCAGACUCUCGUGCAGGUUUUUGUAGAGAGAUGUGAGGCUUCUUAUGGUCAAACAGCAGUACCAGAAUCAGUUCUUAAUGUUAUGUGUGCAAAUAGCUGUUCCCAUCAAGGACUUUGUAUUGAAGGUUCCUGUGAUUGUUCCCCUGGAUUCACAGGGACUGAUUGUUCUAUCAGUAGCUCCAUUGCUCCUACAUUGUUCAGACUUGAUAGAGAAUUGUGCAAUUCUCUUUUAGAAGAGUGUCAACACAUGCAAACUGUCAAUGUCUUUGGAGGCUUUUUUUCUACUGAAGUGAAGUGUCUUUACCAGAAAAUUGAGGUCAAUGAAAAUGGGUACAAUAUUUCUGGAGAUGUACUGAGUGCACCUAGCAUUGUUUACAUCAGCUCCAGUCAGAUUUCAUGCACUUUGCCAUCUCCAGGUGACUAUCUCAUUAGUAUCAACAACUCCAGAGGACAGAUAAGCAACUCGCUAAUUUUUAUAACUUAUAACCCAGUGUGUAUGCAGUGUUACUCAUAUGGAAAGUGCUCAUUAAAGGCAUUGACUUGUUAUAUUUCUGGUCAAUGUUUUAACCAUUUAGAUCUCAAUCCAGACAAUUUCACCUUGUUUUGCAAUGCCACUAGUAAUGUGCUCCAAUGGUCAAAAAGUACAGAUUCUUGCCUAGGUUCUACUUCUAAGUGGACCAGAUCAUCAAAUUCUACUUUAGCAUUUCUCUAUACUCUUAUUGAUGUCGGAAAGGACGAAAUAUCAUGCAGAAAUUCUUGCUUGGCAAACUCAGAUCUUCCAUGUCGAUCCUAUGAUUACAAUUUUGCUAACAAGGAAUGUCGCUUAUUCAAAUACAGCAGUAAAUUAUAUCCAGAUUAUUUGUUGUCAAUGAAUGAAUUUGUCCAUGAAGAUUUAUAUUGCUCUAAUGAUUUUUGUCAGGGACAAGAAAUUAAUUGGAGUAGUGAAAGCGAUAUAUCAUCUGGUAACAUUUUAAAAGUAAUUAAUAACACUUGGACAUUAUCAGCGUGUCAUGCUCUGUGUUUGACUGAUGUCAAAUGUUCAGGUGUCAACUUUUUCAACUUGAGAGGUAUUUGCAUUACAGUGACACAGAAUGUAACAUUAAGCAAGCUGGCUCCAGGCUGGGUUCAUGAAGUCCAUCAAUGCUUAAAUGAAUCAUCAUCAAUACAGAAGGAUCUAGUUACUUCCCCUUUAGUUACUGCCUCUUUUGUGGGACCAAACAAUGACACCUUCAACUGCAAUUUUCAAUCUCUGCCUGAUCCUCUCUUAAAAUAUAAUGUGAUCUGGGCCAUCAAUGGUUUAUGGAGCUAUGAAGAUUCAGUUACACUGGCUAAAAAUAUUAGCAAUAAACUCCAGUACAAUGAUACUGUCCAAUGUGCAGUAAGUGUUUAUAAAUCAGGAGUAACUGAAACUAUCAGAGGGCCUUUGAUCUUCUCAGACAUAUAUAGAGUGGAAAUUGAGAUUUCAAACUGGAAAGAUCUAACUCUAGAUGAAGGUGCAAUAGGUGAUACUGUGAAGGUGAAGGCUACUGCCCCUCCAUAUGUUUUAUGUCGACACUUGGGACCUGGUUCUGAAUCAUGCCAAAUUAAUAUUGAAAUUUCUACUACAGACAAAGCUGACAGCUUUUGUCCUAAUGGUUCUACUAUUCCACAAGCUGCCAUUAAUAUCAGAAGAAACAACAAUGAUAUAAGCCUUUGUAGAAUUCAGUUAACCAAUGAAGACUGGCAAUCUAUCUAUACUAUAAAUGUAAAAGCAACAAUAGAUCACAUUUAUGAUGGAGAUCAUGUUCUAACUUUAAAUUUGACAAAAGCCUCUAUGAUUAAUGGUACUACUAAAAGUUAUCAGCAAUUAGCUGCUCAUGUCAGCAUUCUUGACAAAGAUACCAACGCACUAUGUUCCUCUGUGAAUGACCCUCAUGUUAUAACCUUUGAUGGAAAAUUAAUGCAUAAUUUUAUGGAAGGAGAAUUUGUAUUUUAUAGACAUACAACUUUGCAGUAUGAGAUCAGAACAUUUUACCGUGCUUGUGCUAGGAGGGCUUCUUGUAAUUGUGCUGUGGCAGCACGAGCUGGAGAUGAUGUGAUAGUCAUUGAUAAAUGUGGACCUUUUAGGAACAGCACUAGCAGAAAUUUUUUCCCAAUGACUGUCAAAUUAUUUAGAAAUGGAGCUUUGACACCAGGAUUUAGAAUUUUAAGUCAGUAUGAAGGAAGGGAGUAUCAGAUAAUCUUUCCUACAGGAACGAUUCUUUAUGUAGAUCGCAGUGCAAUAAAAGCAUAUAAUUACAUUGAUAUCUGGCUAAAACCUUCACCUGGAGACAUAGGAAGCUCAACAGGUCUUUGUGGAAAAUACGAUGGCAAUAGCACCAAUGACCUAAUGUUUCCUAAUGGAACACUUUAUGAGGGGACAUCAGAGCAGCCAAUCGAAUAUUUUAAAAGCUGGAGAGUGACUUCAGAUAGUGACACCAUCUAUACUGGAUAUUGUAAUAGUGACGAGUCAAUUAAUAAACAAAUCACUUACUGUCACUGUGAUAAAAAUGGAGGACAGAUCUGUGGCUAUGGAUAUGACCUUAUCACAUGUCCAUAUUUGGAAACAGGUCAGACUGAUAUUACUGAUAGGCUUCUAACUCAGGCUUUGUAUCCGCUGAAAUGUUUCAACAUGCAAAGCAGUUAUACACUCUUUCCAUCAUUUGAAUAUAAUCCUGAUACUAAUUUAGAGGUAAUAGACACAUCAAAAUCAACUGCUUCAGGAACUAGUGAUUACAUACAAAGUAAAAAAUUGUGUGAUUUUACACUGAACACAUUUUAUCCAGUUGUUACUCAAUGUAGCCAGCUUUCUGCUGUAAGAUUAGAUUUGGCAAUAUCUUCUUGUGCAUUGGAUUUAUAUGUCUCAGAGGAUACAAGCUGGUACAGUGCUAGUGUUCAAAAUAUUCUUACUCAAUGUCAGAUUGAGGUUGAAAGAAACACUUCAUUGUGGGAAGGUUCUCCUAAAUCACCAUCUGCCACUUACACUGAUCUCUUUUGUAUUGCAAAUUGUGGAUUUUCUGGUACUUGUGUAAAAGGCAUUUGUCAGUGCAAGGCAGGAUAUAAUGGAAGUGAUUGCUUUGUGGAGCAAAGCACUGCUCCUGUAGCCUUUUAUUUAAGCAAUGGUGGACAAUGUGAUACAAGAGAUGAAAGUUGUGAUAACGUUAUAGUCUACAAUAACAACACUGUUAACUCACCCAAAUUGCUUUGUAGAAUACUGAAAAUGAUGACCAAUGAAACAGGAACAUAUUUGGGAAAGGAUGGUUUAAUUGAAAAACCAGCAACUUUUUUAAGUGUUAAUGAACUCUCUUGCCCUGUCUCAGGCCCUGGAACAUACCAGAUACAAAUUAGCAAUGAUGGGUUAUUAUGGAGUGAAGCAUUGUACUACUUUGCAUAUGACUCAUUAUGUUAUAAUUGCUUUGUUCAAAAUCAAACCUGUUUCACAAAGAAAUCAUCUUGUCUAAUUGGUGAUUCUUGCUAUGACGAUGGACAAUACAACCCGCUUUCACCAAGACAGUAUUGCAAUGUCUCUUUAAGCUCUAGCACUUGGCAGGAAUCCAUUGAUUCCUGCGAAGGUUUGAAUGUAUUGUGGCUGAAAGAAAAAGGCUACAUCAAGAAUGGAACUGUGAUUACAGGAAGUAUUGAUAGUUGUAAGCAAGCAUGUCUGAACACAUCAGGUGUAGGAAAAGAUUUGUGCUUAUCCUUUGACUAUAAUUCAACCAAUCAACAAUGUAGUCUCAACAGUGUGGACGAUGACCUUUACCCAGAUGAAAAGACUUAUAAUUACAUGUGGCUUUGUGAAAACAGACCUUGCUCAACCAAAAAUAUAACUUGGCUGUCAAAACCUGGAUUUACUAUCAUUGAUUCUUCUGGAAUCACUAAAAACACAUCAAGUAUAGUUGAAUGUCGUAACUGGUGUUUGAAGGAAACAAACUUCCUUUGUAGGUCUAUCCAGUUAAUAAGUGAUGCUAAUCAGUGUACUCUUUCCCCGUUGACUUCUGCUACAGCUAAAGAAAAGUUGGUUAGAUGGCCAGGAUUUGUAUUUCAAGAAUGGUCUUGUGGUGAUGGUAAUUUUGUGUUACCUGUGGCUAAUCCAAAUGUGAGUAUAAGUAAAAAUCCCAGUUCUGCUGAUGAUAACUCAUAUACACUCAGCUGUAGUUUUGACAUUUUUGAGACUAAUGACACUCAAAUUGCUGAGGUGGAGUUUUUAAUAGAAGAUGAAGUCAUGGAGCAUUUGAAACUUGAAACAGUACAAAACAAAUCAAGAUAUUCUGUUUUUAUGAACAAUAGCAAACUGGUCAAUCUACCUUAUGGCACCAAGCUAUCCUGUGGUAUUGAUUUAUGCAUCAAGAGCAGUUGUGAAAGAACCAAAGGUGGAUUCAGAAGAAGUCAGAUGUUAACACUAGAAAUAAAGGUGAUGAGUGCCCCAAGUCUUGUAGUGGUAGAAGGAAAACAAGGAGAAGUCAUCCAGAUCAAGAGCUCUUUUCCACCAGCUUUCAUGUGCAACACAGCCAACUCCACUUCUGAUUGCUCCAUAGUGAUUAAAGCUGCUGUAGAUGAGAACAAUGGUGAUCUUUUAUGCCCUGUGUCUGGAUCUAUCUCACAACUUAUGUUUUCAGUGGGCACUGACCAGUCUAACAAUUCAGUGCCAUGUGGUGUUGAGAUUAACUCUAAGAAUUGGGAGAAAAUGGUAGUAAUUACAGUUGUGGCUAAAAUAGAUAAUGUUCAAGAUGGAAAUCAAACUAGACAGGUGAAUAUUACAGGAAUAGUAAAGGCCAAGAACAAUCAAAACCUAUGGAUUAGUGCUCUACAAAAGCUUACAAUAACAGCAGUGAAUCAAGACACUGGAGCUGUGUGUAUUUCAAUGAAUGAUCCUUACAUAGUCACAUUUGAUGGUCGAUAUUAUGAGAUGUUUUAUGAAGGGGAAUACGUCAUAUAUGCCCAUACAGAGCUUCCAUAUGAGGUUCGCAGUUUCUAUCGACGUUGCAAUAAAAAAAUAUUAGGAUCUUGUACUUGUGCAGUAGCUGUGAAAUCAGUGGAUGAUGUCAUUGUGAUUGAUCGCUGCGGAGCAUCUUCAACAGCAAUCACCAAGCAGCCUAUCAACAUUAAGCUGUAUCAAAAAGGAGACCUAACACUUGGUACAAGUGUAAGGCGCAUUGGAGGUGGUUUUAAAUAUGAGAUUUCCAUUCCAACUGGAACUGUGAUAGAAGUAGAUGUGCAGCCUGAACAUUUGAAUGUACUUAUAAUACCUUCAGCUUAUGAUUUUAACAGAACCAAGGGUCUGUGUGGAGCCUACAAUGGAGAUAAAGAUGUACAGCUGUUAAAAUCGGAUAAUACUUUGUUUAUACAAACUGGAAAUCGACCUGAUCCAUUCUCUAUUUCUUGGAGGGUUAAGCCAACUGAAAGUAUAUAUUCAGGUUACUGUGGAAGUAAUCUAACUACAACAAUUUCAAAUACAUUAUGCCAAUGUAAAGCCAGUAGUUCAUGCAAUCAAAAUGGUGAUAUCUACAUAUGUGAUAAGAGUAAUGAUCCUUACAGUUAUUACAAAGGUGAAGACAUCACAAUGAAACUACAGAAGAGAGCUCUACCUCCAUUAUGUAAUAGGGCUAUUGUCUUUGAGUACAGUGCAUCUCAAAAUGCUGGGACUGCUACCUGGCCUACACCUUCCAACUACACUGAAUCCUUUGCCAAAAGUUACUGUGCUGAAAUGAUCAAUAGGACUGGUAGUGUACAGUGUAGUAACCUUCUAGCACAGCGUUAUGAAAUCUCUGUGUCAGCCUGUGUCAAAGAUAUUCAGCUGUCUGAUGAUUUAUUUUGGGCAAAAUCCAGCCUAUCAGUUUUUACAUCUCUGUGCCGCUUGGAAUACUUGUCUAAUAUAAAACUUUGGCAGAACAGUACAACAAUCAAUCAGGAUGUCAUUAACAGCUUCUGUUUUAAUUCUUGUUCAAAUAAUGGAAAUUGUUCUUCAGGCUCUUGCAAGUGCUCUCCUGGGUUUGGUUUAGCUGACUGCUCUUUGAAUAUCACCAUCAGCCCAGUAAUUACAUCCCUGGCAAACAAUGGUCUUUGUGAUAUUACAACAAGCAGAUGUGAUGCCAUACAACUUUUUGGUGCAACCUUUGCUUACUCGGAUACUCUGAUUUGUAAACUACAACAAAUUGAGCUUCUUGACAACACAACAGUGACUAAAAGCACACCUAUUUACCAGCAAGCUGAUUACUUUUCCUUCAAUGACAUAACAUGUGUUCCUCCUGUGGCUAGUAGCUAUCAAGUGCAAGUCUCAAACAACAAUCAGUCAUUCAGUGAUGUCUUCAUCUUCACUAUAUACCACCCUCAAUGCCAUAGGUGCAGUGCUUCUGGAGUCUGCAGGCUGCUUGAAGAAACAUGCUUUAUUGACAAUAAUUGCUAUGCCUAUGGAGCUGAAAAUCCAGUUAACAAUUCUCUUGUCUGUGACAAUUUUCAAAGCAUUAACUCAUGGAGUCACAAAGAAGACUACCCAUAUGUAAAAGGCAAACCUCAGCUCUCCACAAGAUAUAAUGAAAGCACAAAUGAGUUUCUAUUCCAAUGUGAAUUCUUUGAACAUGCAAGAGACAAUGUUUACUAUUUUAUUGAAUGGCAGCAUAACAAUCAGACAGAGGUCAAGAGGAAUGUGUCGGAGAUCGGACUUAAUUCAACAGUUGUCACUCUGACAUCUAUUUCCAUCUCUCACUUUGGAUUCAUGUCAAAUGUUUCUUGUAUUCUUACUGCUUGUUUCAAAGACAACUGUAGCCGUACACUAAGUCCACAGAAAAUCAGUAAUUUAUUUUCAGUGGAAAUAAAGAUUGUACCACAAGAAGUGUUUGUAAUAGAAGGAUCAGGAACUGCUUACAUUCAAGUGUCAUCAAAUGUUCCACCAAAUCUACUUUGUCAAGGAGAAGAUUCCAGUCUUUGCUCUGUCUAUGCUUCUCUUACUUACAUCAAAUCAUCAAAUGAGUUACUUUGUCCAAGCAGUGAGACUACUUUCAUUCAGCAGUUAAGCUUCCCAUACGAUGUUAGGAAUAAAGGAGACAAAUUCUGUAGUAUACAAUAUUUGAAAUGGCCUGGUACUUUGAACAUACCAGUUGUUGCCACUGUGGACUCCUUUGUAGAUGGGGAUGUCAAAAGAUCAGUUGAAGUGUCUAUUAGGAUGGAGUACAAUUCUACAUUAGAAAGUAAAAUAUCCAUUGGCAGGCAAGAGGUAAAAAUUAUUGACAGAGACCAGCCUACAUUGUGUGGCUCAGUCAAUGACCCUCAUAUUACAACCUUUGACAAAAUGACAUAUGAUGUUUUCAAAGAAGGAGAGUUCACCCUUUACAAGCAUGCAACACUUCCCUAUGAAGUUCAUGGAUUCUACCGUAGAUGCAAUGAACGAGCAGCUUGUAACUGUGCAGUGACGGUGAAAUCUGGCAAUGAUGUCAUCCUCAUAGAUAAGUGUGGCCCUAAAAUGUCUCCACCUUUAAUAGCAUUGGACAUCAAAGUCUUCAGAAAUGGAGAUUUGACACCAAACACAAGAAUAAUUCAACAACUGGAAGGCAGAAAAUACACAAUUCUAUUACCCACUGGAAUGCAAGUUAAGGUUAUAGCUGGUAACAAAUUUUUGAAUGUAUGGCUGCAGGCUUCAGCUUUAGACUUCAACAACUCCUUAGGUCUUUGUGGUAAUGCCAAUGGAGAUGCAGCUGAUGAUUUCCUUUUGUCCACUGGGGAAAUGCUGUCUGUAAAUUCAAGGGACACAAACAAAUUCUCAUUAUCAUGGAGAGUCAAUCCAGCAUCAUCUCACUAUCGUGGUGUUUGUGAAACAGACAACAGCACCUUUUUGGAUCAGAACCUUUACUGUUUCUGUUCAUCCCAGAGUAAUGAAACAUGUUCAAGGGACUUCAACGUUCUGAGGUGUCCACUAGCUCAGGAUGGUGCUAAAAGUAUCCAAGGAGGAGUGGAUGUAACAGCAAACUACACCAAUGGCACUCUUGCCUUGUCUUCUUGUAAUGUUGAGGAGUUUGAGUAUGAUGCCAACUAUACGUCUCCAAUCUUUAGUUGGACAAAUGCAACUGAGUGGACUGAGGAGAAGGCAGCAAACUUUUGCAUUAAUUACCUGACAAGUUCACAGAUUGGACAGAAAUGUUGUAAUAUCUCCUCUGAUAUUUUUAACAAAGUUGUUGAAUCAUGUGUCACUGACAUCAAGAUAAUGGGGCACACAGAUUAUGCUGUUGAAGCUUUAGCAAGUCUUUUUGAACAGUGCCUAAGUAUUGUAGGUAGAUCUGUGAACUUAUGGAUUGAUAACAAGCCUGAUAGAAGUUAUCUGGAUGGACUAUGCCUCAACAAUUGUAACAAUAAUGGCAACUGUACAAAUGGCGUUUGUGAGUGUAGAAGUGGUUUCAUUGGAAUUGAUUGCUCAAUCAAGUCAACUAAUCCACCUGCAAUUAAUAAUAUGGUACCAUCUUCUUGUGAUGUCCUGCAUGACAAAUGUGAUAUCAUCACUUUAAUUGGAGGACCAUUUGCUUACACUAAUCAAUUGAUAUGCAUAUUUGAGGAAAUAAAUUAUUUUGGUGAAACAAAUUUUUCAAGGAGGAAUAGAACUGAAAGAGUAUUUGCUCAGUUUAUUACAUAUGAAAAAAUCUCAUGCACAAUACCUUACAAAGCCAGCUUUAAAGUUACAGUUCAAAAUACAGUGAAUAUUUCAAGCUCACCUGUAAUUUAUCAAACUUACAGCUCUGAAUGUUUCAACUGCAACCAAAAGCCUUGUACUAUUUGGCCAAAGUAUUGUUUCAUCACUAAUGUUUGCUACAAAGUAACUCAAAGCAAUUCCUCAAACCCAGAUCUUGUUUGUGAUCCAGAAAAGAGCAGAUCAGAUUGGACUGAUAGAAAAGAUUUUCCUAAAAUUGAUGCCAAACCCCAAGUCAAAACUCAGUUUAACCUGAAUAGCUCAAAUUUUGUGUUUGUCUGUGAUUGGGCUGAGUACAGAAAUAACAACAGCAAUAUAACUGUUUGGGCUCAGUGGUACAUUGAUGAUAACUUUGUGCUUGAGAGUCAAGUUCAAAGUAACGACUCAAAUCAUCAAGUCUCAUAUCGUUCACUGAUUGGCUUGAAUUAUACUUCCAAGAUAUAUUGUGGUCUUGUUGCUUGCAAUGUAAACCUGUGUAACAAGAGUAGAAGUCCUAUAAUUAGAAGUCCAGAUUUUAAUCUACAAAUAAAGAUUGUGGGCAGUACCAGUCUAGCAGUUACAGAAGGAGCAGAAGACAGAGUUUUUAGAAUGUCAUCUAAUUUCCCACCCUUAAUUUUCUGUGAUCAGAAUAAAACCACAGAUUGCAAUAUGUUCAUUUCACUCAAGGUUGUUUCCAGUGCCAAGGACAUCCGUUGCCCAGACGCAAACAAUGUUUUACCUCAAUUAGUUGUUCAAUGGAGUAGCAGUGUACCAUUUCAGCAGCCUUCAUGUGGGGUUGUAUUCACCAAUAGUAACUGGCAGUUAGUUCAGACUGUUUAUGUGAGAGCAGUUGUAGAUGGUCUAAUAGAUGGAGAUCAGACCAGAUAUAUUGAAGUUUCUGCCCACUUGACUGAAACAUAUAUAGUGGCAGUUGAAACCAUCACAGUGAAAAUCCUUGAUUCUGAUAGAGUAGCAAUCUGUCAGUCCAUCAAUGACCCACAUAUGACUACUUUUGAUGGGAUGUAUUAUAACAACUUUAAUGUUGGUGAAUUUAUUUUAUACAGACAUACAACAUUACCUCAUCAGGUGCAUGCUUAUUAUCGCAAAUGUAAUAACAACAAAGCAUCAUGCAACUGUGCAGUAGUUGUACGAUCAGGAAAACAAGUGUUUCGGUUAGACCGCUGUGGUCCAACACAAAACUUGGAAGACAGGUUGUCUCCCUUACAAGUUGACAUGAUGAACGAUGGACCCCAGAGCCCUGAUCUAAUGAUUGUUAGAUAUAAUGAUGGAAAGAAAUACGAGAUAACUUUUGUCACUGGCACUAAAGUUGUGGUAACUGUGGGCAGAAAGUACAUUAACAUUGUUAUCCAAGCAUCAUCUUAUGACUAUGGAAAUUCUGAAGGUUUAUGUGGAAGCUUUGACAAGAACUCAGCUAAUGACUUGAUGAUCAAAGAUAGUAAACUAAUUGCUACAGACCAUGACACAUUUUCCCUGAGCUGGAGAGUUAAGCCAGCAGAUUCUAUGUUUGGUGGUUUUUGUGGAACAAUAGAUACUGUAUCAACUACAGAUACAUAUUGCACAUGUGGUAAUAUUAGUGCAUGCAGCACAAAUGUAUACAAGUCAAAUUGUCAAGCAGGACUCAAAAAUUUAUUUAGAGGUGUUGAUAUCACCAUUGACUUGUAUGCCACUGCACUUCAACCAAAUUGUGCCUACAAGUUUGAGUAUGACACUACUUAUGUUCCUCAAGUACCUACUUGGCCUACUGCUAACUUUACUGAAGCUUCUGCUAGACAGUACUGUGAAAACUCUAUUCGUAGCACCAUUUCUGGGCCUGCCUGUCUUGGCAAUGUUUUACAAAGUGUUGACUUUGACUACCUGAUAAAAGGCUGCAUGGAAGAUAUCCUGAUAUUUGAUUCAACAGAAUUUUUCAUGUCAACACUAGAUAACCUUAAUAUGCGCUGCCUGAUAAAUCUUCAAGUGGAUUUAAAAUACUGGAUCAUUGAGUCAAAUCAGGUGUACAUAAAUAAAUCUUUGGUUGGAAAUAUUUGCCCAGAGGAUUGUAACAAUAAGGGACAGUGCAAAGAAGGUAUCUGUGUCUGCAAUCAGAACUUUAGUGGCCCAGCUUGUGAUAUUGACAUCAGGAAACCACCAACUGUCAUAGAUGUUGGAGGUAAACGUAUUUGUGAUUCAAAUAUUCAGAUCUGCAAACCAGAAUUCCACAUUUAUGGUGAAAAUUUCCUCAAUAACCCAUCUUUAACUUGCCACCUGAAGCAAAUUACAAUUGUCAACAAAACAAUUCAAACUUCAGACCAAGUGAUCAAAGUUGCUGCCAAAUUUAUCAACAUAAAUAAAGUUAUAUGUUUGGUCAAUAAGUCAUUAAGUUAUGCAAUAGCCAUUAGCAACGAUGGUAUGCUGAUCAGUUCUUAUUAUAACUACUGGCUCUACAAUUCUACUUGUGUGUCCUGCACAACAAAACCAGAGGCAUGCACAAUCAAGACUGACACCUGUUUUAUUGAUAAUACCUGCUAUAUGUUCAAUCAAACUUCUCCUUACAAUGACUCUGAAACCUGCCAGCCUGCAUCCAGUCAAACAUCUUUUACUUUUGUCAAACCGUAUCCCAAUAUACGUCAACCUGAAAUUUCAACAUCAAAAGUCUUAUCAUCUCCCUUUUUCCAAGUGACUUGUACCACAAGCAAAGCUGAUUUGUGCUUGAAUAAAGUCUCAUACAGAGUUAAAUGGGAAAAUAGCACUGGUGCCAUUCUGAACUCAUCUCCUUUACAAUGUGGUCAGCCUGGUAUCCUGACACUCAAUGAUCUCCAUGGAUUUAAACUUGGUGAUUCUCUGAGAUGUGCAAUUCAAGGAUUUUAUGAUGUGAACAAUUCAAACACAUAUUCUGAAUGGAGAUACAGUGAUAUAAUAACUACUGAUAUACAGAUUCCAGAAUCUAGUUUACAAGUUACAGAGGAUGGUCAGAGAGAUAGAUUCCACAUUUCUUCACAUUUCCCUCCAGGUUUCUUUUGUGGAAACUUAAGUGACUGGGAAAACUGUACUAUUCAUAUUUUGUUUAGAGUUCAACAAAAUCAACAGUUACUGUGUCAGAAACAAACUAGGGCCCAGAUAGUUUUCAGUCAUGGGGAGACAAGCACACAAUGUGGAAUACAACUAACUAAAGAUAACUGGGAGAUGACAAGUGCUGUAGAUGUCAUAGCUAUUGAAGACAAUCUUCUUGAGCCUGUACAAGAAAUGAAGAUUAUUGUUACAGCACAGAUAUAUCAAGGCAGUAACAAAAUAAGUGAGAGGGAUGUAGCAACAAUAAAUGUCACUGUUCAAGAUAGUCAGCAAAGAAGUCAGUGUUUCGUUGGUACUACAAUCCAAACAUUUGAUAAAAAGCUGUUCAACAAUUAUAAAAGAGGAGAAUUCAUACUUUACCAGCACAAAUCUCAAUUGUAUGAGGUAAGAUCUUUGCAAUCACAGUGCCACAGUCAAAGCAACUUGACUUGUCUUUGUGGCAUAAUGGUGCUAUCAGGAGAUGAUGUGGUGGUCUUUGACAAGUGUGGUAAUAACUUUGCAACUGAUGUUCGUCUGUAUGUGAAUGGUGAUCUAACCCCUGGAACCAAAGUGUUACGCUAUGCUGAUGGUCUCAUGUACAAGGUUAAUCUUCCAACUGGUGGUCAAGUUGAGGUCAUAGUCAAUCAAGAAAAUCUCAAUGCUGUGAUUUAUGGUUCAUCAAGUGAUUUUGGCAUGGCUGAAGGUCUGUGUGGAAAUGAUGAUAGUGUGAUGACCAAUGACUUUCUGUUGACAAAUAAUAGCAGUUUGAAUAAUACUGGAGAUAUAGAAAGUUUUAUUCAACGAUGGAGGGCUGAUACUUCUUGGAUAAAUGGUGCAUGCCAGAAAGUGGAACAAAGUCUGCCAAAAGUGGAGGUACUUUGUCAAUGUGAAUCCAGCUAUUCCUCAUGUUCAGCAGAAUCAAGUUACACUGAGUGUGAUGCAGACUAUAAAUCAACUGGUAACAUACAAAGAGGUACAGAUAUAACCAAAACACUAAUUGAGUUUGCCAGAACACCAGCAGGAUGUUGUGAUCUCAUUAAAGAGUUUGAAUAUACCAUCAAUACAGAGUAUCAACCAGCUGCCUCAACCUGGCCAACCUCCAGAAGCUACCUGACUAAAGAGAAUAUCACAACUAUUUGUUACACCAAACUCAAUCAAAGUGUUGUCAUGGGAGCAUGCAACAAGUAUUUAUUGCCUACAGACUUGGACUUUAUUCUGAAUUCUUGUAUCUCAGAUCUUCAGGUUACAGAAGAUACUACUGCAACAAAUACCUAUGUAACCAUGCUCCUCUGGUCCUGUGUACACACGAUCUCAACUAAUGUCAACUUAUGGAUGCUCAAUAGUACCAGCUAUUUGCCACCAGACCUUGGUUUCUGCUUAACCAGUGAUAUGGCAAAUUGCACUUGUCUCCCAGACUAUAAUUGUGCAGUAAGCAAGUCCUCUCCUCCAACCCUCUACAGUCAAGGUGGUACUUGUGACCUCAGUUCUGGAACUGAUUGUAACUUACAGGAAAUAUUGGGAUCUGGAUUUGUCAACUCUGAAAACUUGACUUGUCACAUUACUAUCAAUGGAACAGAAAUUCAACUUAAAGCCAGUUUUAUUAGCAGCACCAAAGUAAUCUGCAAUGUUACAUUGACUAGCUCAGCAGACAUACAGAUUAGUCUAAAUGGUGUCAAUAAAAGUUCUGUAGUGACCUGGACUCUUUAUGAUGGCUAUUGUCAGACUUGUAAUGGCCAAAACUGUACUGAGAAGCCUGGAAUCUGCUAUAUAAACAACAAAUGUUUUGAACCAGGACACAUAUUCAAAGAUGAUCCAACUAGAUAUUGUGGUGCAAAUAAUUCCAAUUCUUGGACAGUCAUUCCAGGUGAAGCAGUGUUUGUCAAACCUUAUCCAUUUGCAACACAAGGAAACUCCUUGGUGACCUAUUCUAGUAACGUCAAGUUUGACAAUGCAUUUAGUGACAUCAUUCUCUCUGCACUGGGUCAGUCUGUGAAAAUUUCUAAAAUUACAUUUUUGGAUACUGACAGUACUUAUACAAAAUCAGCAUUGCAGUUUGGAUUUACCUUGCAAUUUACUGUGAAAUUGAAAUCUGUUUGUGAUGGAUUCAUCUUAAACACUUGGGGAGAAAGGGAAACAGGUUCUGGUCCUGCAGUCUCAAUCUGCAAGGGAUGGGUAGUGGUAACUGUGCGCACAUUGGACAGAGAAUGGUCUCUUCAAGUAGCUAAAGCUGAGCUAAACAAGGCUAUAAAGGCAGAAAUUAGCUGGGCUGCAUCACUUGGCCUAAGUGUCAAAUGGAAUGAUAUGGUUUACAAUCAAGAGAAUUACAAAGUCAGACACACCAAGGGAACCUUGCUCAGUGACUUGUUUAUUGGAUCUUCUAAUACCAGCAAAUUUUUCAUUGAUAUGACUUUUGGGUCUUUAAACAUCUUUUCUGCUGCUAAACCUGUUUUACUUGCCUAUGGUGUUACAACAGAAAUGCCAACUUUGCUCUCCAAGCCUACUAUAAGUGUGGAUUUCAAAAAUGAAACAUCUUUCAUAUGUUCCUUUACAACACUGAAGCGUGCUGAUGUUAAGUAUACAGUCACUUUUAGCAUUGAUGAACAGCUGGUUCAAAAUGAAACAUUGAACUACAGUACAAACAUGAGUGUCCUCUCAGAGUCAUUCCUUAGUAAUGUGACUUAUGGGUCCAAGAUUGUUUGCUCAGUAACACCUUGUUAUGUCUAUAACUGCCAAGAUUUGUCAGGCCCAACAUUUUCAGAGACUUUCACUAUUACAAUAGAGAUUUUGGAAAGACACAUAACUCUUGUUGAAGGUGGAAAUUCAGCUUCAAUUCAAGUCAUUUCUAAAGUGCCACCUUAUUUAUUCUGUCCUCCAUCAUUACGGGCCUCCACUAAUGUCAGUCUCAAUGCUAUUGUUACUGUUGGUAAAUUUAGUGGACAGCAAACAUGCCAGAAUGGAAAUGUAUUAAGACAAGUUGUCAUUGGUUUUAAUGUGAAUGAUGCAAGGUCCAUUAGUUGUGGGCAGGUGUUGACAACAGACAUAUGGACUCAAGGCUUAAGUAUACCCCUCCAGGCAACUGUGGAUAUGGUGAAAGAUGGAGAUGUCACAGGGAACAUCAAUGUCACACUGACUGUUUCAUGUUUAGGAAUGUAUAACACCAUUACAUCGGAUAUUGUUGAAGUAACAGUAGUUGAUAAAGAUACAGGAAAGAUUUGUCAGUCAGUGAAUGAUCCUCAUAUUCUUUCAUUUGAUGGAGUAUCAUACAACAACUUCAAAGAAGGAGAAUUUGUCUUUUACAAACACACUAGUCUACCUUAUGCUGUGCAUACUUUCUAUCGUAAGUGCAACAAAGACAUAGCAUCUUGCAAUUGUGCUGUUGCUGUCAAAGUGGAUGAUGAUGUUGCCAUUAUUGAUCGAUGUGGACCUCAAAGCACUAAAGCUUUCUAUUCCAUGAGUGUCAAGAUAAUUAAAAAUGGAAACAUUGAUCCUGCAUUCAGAAUUUUCAGAUACGAUCAAGGAAACCAAUACAAGAUAGUUCUACCUACUGGCACAACUGUCAUUGUUGAAAAUGGGGGAUCUUUUUUUGUAGAUGGACCACAAUUUUUGAAUGUCUGGAUCACAGCAUCCUCAGCGGAUUACAAUCGUACUCAAGGUCUUUGUGGCACCUAUGAUGAUAAUCCAGCCAAUGACUUCUUUUCACCAAAUGGAAUUAACUUACAAGUUAAUGAUUGGCAACAAACAAAAUUCUCUGAAUUCUGGAGAGUGACUGGCAAUGAAUCUCUUUACUCAGGAUAUUGUCCAGAGGAGCUUCUGGAUGACUUGACAUAUCAGUACUGUAGCUGUCUGUUCAAUGAUAGCCAACCUUGUUCUGCUAAUGAAAACAUUGUCUUCUGCAAUAAAGGCUUGGAUUCAAAAAGCUCUACAUUCAAAUAUUAUGAAGAUAUCACUGCACUGUUAAUAGAAAAAUCUUUGGAACCAGAUCACUGUUAUGAUCCAGACACUGUGCCAGUCACUUUUGACUAUGAGAUUAAUUAUACCUAUGAUGUUAAGAGUGUGCAGUGGCCUACACCAUCUAAUCUUGAAGAAAAUUAUGUCAGAAAGUUGUGCACUGAGACUAUAACUAACACGUAUCUAGCUACUGCAGGCUGUGAUAAGAAGUUUGGGAUUGACAUACAAAAAGCAAUAGAAUUCUGUGUUCUUGACAUCAAGAUGACAGAUGAUAUCAGCUGGACUACUGCUUUACAAAACAAUAUCAGAAUUCAGUGCAUCACACAAAUCUCUCUACAAACGACCACACAGCUAGUAAACCUUUGUCCAUCCAAUUGUAAUAACAAUGGUAACUGCACAGAAUAUCAAUGCCUGUGUGAGGAACCUUAUGAUGGUUUUGACUGCUCCAUUGAUAGAACCAAGCCUCCAACUAUUUUAAAUAUAGUAGAUGGUUCUUUGUGUGAUUUAGUACAAGAUGAUUGCAGUAGUGCAACUUUGACUGGCUACCCAUUUAGCGCAGGGCAUGCUAUAUGUCGUCUUCAAAAACUUACGAUUGACUCAACAGGGAUAAAAAAAGACCCACAUUUCAGUGAUAUUAAAGCUACUUUCAUUAGCACUGAAACAGUUCGAUGUGAUUUUAACGAGACUGGAAGCUGGGCCAUUUCAAUAAGUAAUGAUGGUAAAGCAUUCAGUGAAGCAAAACAGUUUAUUUCUUAUGAUUCAAAUUGUCAAAAAUGUGAUUUGAAUCCUGGAUGCAUUGUCAGGGAUGAUGUUUGCACUAUUAACAAAUUGUGUUAUGAAAAUGGUGCUGUUGUGAAUGACAGUUUUGUUUGUAAUUUGAAAAACAAAACUACUUUGACACCAAUAACAAGUAGUCAAGUAAAUGUUCAGAUUUACAAUUUCCUCAACAUCAUUGGUAAUAUCUUGAACACUGGAACAGUCACAUUUGAAGUUUUUGGCAAUCCAGUUUUGAUCAGUGGUCCUUUUGGAGGAAAUGCAAUUUUGUUGAAUGGGAUUGAUCAGUAUCUCAACUUCUCCAGUAUAGAUAGUACCUGUCUAGGAGACCUUUCUAAAUGUCCUUAUGGUAUAACCAUCAAAUUUUCUCUGGCCAUCUUUAAGUUUAAAAAUCAAAUGUACAUAUUGUCUUGUGGUGCUGACACUUUAAGAACCAGUGGAUUGUCCAUUUGGUAUCAAGGCAAUAAACUGAAUGCUCGUAUACGCAAUGGCUUCAAAGAAUGGAAGGUGAUGGCCAAUUUCAAACCAAGUUUGUACCAAAGUAAAUUUGUGGAUGUGAAACUGUCAUGGAGUGUUAACAAUGGACUUGUUUUGUUCCUUGAUAACAAACUUGCAAGCUAUGACUACAAGUACAAAUUUAUAAAAUAUACUUUGAGUGCCCCAGGACGUUGUUAUUUUGCCAGGCCUUUGGACUCAGCAUUUUAUUCAAAUAUAGCAAUAUCAGAUGUCAGUGUCGUCUUUGCUUUCCAUACUAUGAUCAAUUAUCUCGGUAUAAACUUUGAACUUCCAAGAUUUGUUAAAGCUCCUACUCUAGAAUUGCUUGUUAACUCUACAACUAGUAAAGCAUCAUUUAUUUGCUCUUUUGAUGAACUGAAAGUUGCAAAUUUAACAUAUUUUGUUGACUUUUACUAUGGCAAAAAAUAUCUUAAAAAUCAGACUGCAAUAAAAGUUGGAAACAAGAUGGUAUCUGUGUUAUCUGAAGACCAUAUAGACUUUUUAUGGUUUAGACAAUCAAUAUUCUGUGAAAUAUCUGCUUGCAUUACUGAUCAGUGUAAUAGCACUUUAGGUCCGACUAGACAAAGUAAUAAAAUUACUGCAGAAUUCAAGAUUGAUUCGAAACCUCUAGAAGUUUAUGAAGGAGAGCAAAUAAUGAUUACUCUAGACUCCAUUCUUCCACCUCGCCUCUUCUGUCUGCCAGAAGACAGAGACACUGAAUGUUACAUAUCAGUCCAAGCCUCUCUCAUAGCUGUGGAUAAUGAAGUCAAGUGUCCUAACCAACUACCAGUCACUCAGCUUGUUUUUCCCACUACAGACUUCUCUGUCAACGGACCAUGCAAAUAUCGCAUCACUUCAACUAGUUGGGCUAACGGCAGCUUGCUUAUUCCCAUAUUAGGUACCAUAGAUCAGUUAAAAGAUGGGAAAAGACAAAGAGAUGUGAAAAUUGUGGCAACUGCUUUGGGCUCAGGUUCGGAAUUCAGUUCAACUAUAAUUGAAACUGUUAAGGUUGUGGUCUUAGAUCGUGAUAGCAAUAGAAAAGUGUGUCAGGCAACUGGAGAUCCUCAUUUUAAAACAUUUGAUGGAAUGGUCUAUGAUAACUUCCUAGAAGGAGAAUAUGUUUUAUUCAGACACAAAAAACUUCCCUAUGAGGUGAGAGCAUUCCAGCAGAAGUGUAAUGACAGAGCUGCUUGCAAUUGUGGUGUUGCAGUUAGAUCAGGAGAUGACAUCAUUGUCUUAGAAAGAUGCACUUCCAACGGCAAACUCAGGCAGCCUCUCAAGCCUAAAUAUUACUCUUCUGGAGAAUUAACAGUUGGCACAAAGUAUUUACGACUCAAGUCUGGUGGAUACAAGAUCCUAUUACCUACUGGUAUGAGCAUAGAGGUACAUGGAGAUGUUGUUGGCUUUGGUUCUUCUGCCUUUGAUGUUCUGAACAUCUUUAUUUCUGCUACUGCUUUUGAUUAUCAACAAAGUACAGGUUUAUGUGGUAAUUUUGACAGUGAUGAAACAAAUGAUCUCACAACGUCUCAAAAUAUAUUGCUUGGAAUAAACAAAGUGAAUGAGUUUAUAUUAUCCUGGAGAGUAAAUCCAAAAGACAGCUAUUAUUCAGGAAUAUGUGUACAAGAUGUUGUGAUACCAAAAGAAUCUUUAUUAUCUUGUAACUGUGAAGAUGAGGCAACUAAUAUUAUAUGCUCAGUCAAUGAAGGACUCCAGACUUGUCAGAAUGUGCAAUCAGUAUUUACACGUGAUGAAACAGAUAUUACAGAUAUUCUUAUAAAAAGUACUGACAGCUCUGAUGCCUGUAUUCCUACCCAAGAUCCUUUAGUGUUCCAGUAUGAUGUCAACUAUACAUACUCACUUCCUACUUGGCCAACAAAAUCAGGAAUAACAAAAGAGAAAGCCACUGAAUAUUGUACUUCAAUUGUUGAAAUAAGCCAAACCUACCAGACCUGCAAGAAUAUAAUUGGCUCAUUGACUGGCACAACUUUAUAUUCCUCUUUACAAAACUGCAUCUCUGAUAUACAGAUUAUGGAUGAUUUAAGUUUUGCUCAAAGCAUUCUUGUAGACAUUCAAGUAUAUUGUUUAUUAGAAAUUAAAUUCAAUGUAGACUUGUGGAUAUCUGUAAAUGGGACUUUGAAUUUAUUAAACAAUAUUUGUCCUAAUGAUUGUAACAACAAUGGUACUUGUGUAGCAGGUACUUGUCAAUGUAACAGCAACUGGCUAGGUACUGAUUGCAGUAUUAACAAAAAAGAUCCCCCUCUAUUAGUUUCCAUUGAUGGGGGAGAUAAAUGUGACAAACGUAAAAGAGAUUGUCAGAAAAUUGAAAUUUAUGGAAUGAGAUUUGUCCAGUCUGAUCAACUUGUUUGCCACAUCAAGUAUAUGUAUAAUUCAAGUGGAAUAAAUAUUGAAGGACAGUACAUUAGCACUGAGAUAGUUGUCUGCCCGUUUGAAGUGGUUGGUGAAUUUCAACUUACUAUCAGCAACGAUGGUGUGUCUCAAAGUAAUAGUUUAAACUAUACCACCUAUGACUCUGUGUGUCAAGACUGCUCUGCAAGUCCAUGUCGAGAAAAAGAAAAUAUUUGUCGUAUCAAUGGCAUCUGUUAUGCUGAUGGCUAUCACAAUCCAUUAAAACCUGAACUUGCCUGCCUGACUACUUAUUCAAACAUGCAAUGGACUAACAUCAAAGUAACAGCAGUUGAACAGAUUCGCAUCCUUUUCUUUGGAAUAACAAAUGGCAUUCUUGAUAGUUCAAUUGGUUCAAUAAAUAUAAAUGGUAGCCUGAGUAUCUCAGAGUAUGUCUUCAACAGAAGAGUUGUUGUGUUUACUGGAGAAGGAGGCUUUCGUCUAGAGAGAGUAUCUCCAUGUCUGUCUGACAUUGAGCAGUGCCAGUUUGGAUUCAUGAUCUCAUUGCACAUUAAAUUUGACAAACUUGUAGAAAAUGGCUAUUUGUUGACCAGUUGUGGAGAUCAAGCUGAUUCUUCAGGUAUUGCUGUUUAUUACAAACAGAGUAGGCUGUAUUUUAUUGUAACAACAAGAACUUCUCAAUGGAUAGUCUACCUACAGAAUGUCGACACAAGCUUCCACAAUCUCGACAUUUCCUGGAGUUCACAAAUGGGUCUAAAGGUUUUCAUUGAUAGUGUUGUAGUCAGCCAGCAAGCUAAGCCUGUGGAGCGUAAAAUGUCAGUCAGCACAAGAAGAGAGUGUGGCUUAUUUGUUGGAACCUCAGAAACUGGAGUUAGUUUACUUCAUUUUACACUUGAACUACUUCACAUUAUUGCUGCUGAACAAGAAACUGUGAAUGCUUUAGGCAUUGUGCCAGGAUUACCAACUCUUCUGAAGAAACCUGUCCUAAGCUUUGCAGUAGAUGAAACUACUGGCAAAGUGAACUUGACCUGUGAGUUUGAAAAACUACAAGAUACAUCACUGGAAUAUUUGGUGACUUUUAUUAAGGAGGAUGAUGCAGGAGUUAUAGAAUACAACACAACUUACUUGUCUGAAGAUGAUCUAAAUGAUCUGGCAUACAACACCAAGCUUUCAUGUAAAGUAUCAGUCUGUUUCUCAACAAACUGCUUAGCAAGUCUUGGUAAAGAGUCUCACAGUGACUAUAUCUAUGCUACAUUUGAAAUUAGAACUACACUUUUGUCUAUCUAUGAAGGGGAGGUAAAAGAUGUUGUUAUUCAUAGUAAUGUUCCACCCAGACUGUUCUGUCCACACGACUCGAGAGAUCAGUGUAGCAUUAAGAUUGACACAACUAUUAAAGCUCCACUAGAACAAAAGUGCCCCGAUGCAAGAGCUAUUCCACAGGCUGUGAUAGUAUGGAAAGAUUCUGACCUGAGUCAAGCAUUCUGUGGUUUGUUGAUUGACACUACAAGUUGGGAGCCAACAUUAACUCUGCAUGUCAAGGGCACCAUAGAUGUUCUGAAAGAUAAAGACCAAAAGAGAAUUUUAGAGAUAUCAAUGUCCAUCAGAUCAAACAGAACCACACUUUUUAGCCAAUCAAUUGUUGGCAGAGUACCAAUAACUGUUGUAGAUUUGGAUAGAACAAGUACCUGUGGCUCUGAAAAUGACCCACACAUAACUACUUUUGAUGGAAGUAAAUACAACAAUUUCCAGGAAGGAGAAUUUCGAUUGUAUCGACAUAAAGAUCUUUCCUAUGAGGUUCAUACUUUUUAUCGUUCUUGUCGAGGAAGAGCUUCCUGUAAUUGUGGUGUGGCUGUUAAAGUUGAUGAUGAUGUUAUCUUGUUAAGUAAAUGCCCUAGCACAGAUGAUGACAAUGAAUACACACCUUUGAAGGUUGUACUCUACAGAAAUGGAUAUUUAGCAAAAGGAUUCAGAAUUUACCAAUAUCCAAAUGACAAAUUCAGGAUCUAUCUUCCUAAUGGAGACUCAGUGUAUGUAAAGGUACAAAGACGUGGUAGACUGAGUCGAUUCAUCAAUGUCUGGGUGACUGCUGCAGGAGGUAGCUUCGGAAAGACUGAGGGUCUAUGUAGCACUUUUGAUAACAAUGCUGAUAAUGACCUUCAGUAUCCUGCUGGAACUCCUCUGCAACCUAAAGCUUAUAGUCUGAUUUGGAGGGUACCACAGAAUGAAUCAUUGUAUAAUGGCCUCUGUGGAGAUACUUCAAUGAAAGUCAGGGAUCAGACAUUAUACUGUCAAUGUCAGAAUAACGAGCCCUCCUUCUGUAGUAGUGUUGGGGAUGUAGUACAGUGUUCAAAAGAGAAUGACAAUGAUGAAAUUAUCACAGGGGGCACUACGACUUCCACAGUUACAAAAAUCACUGGUAUUGCUAACAGACAAGGAACAUUUAAACAAGGCAUUGACAUAACACCAUCCCUUUUUGCUGCAAGUGAAGAUCAUCCAUUGAAAUGUCUUUCAACUACUGUACCAGAAGAAUUCAAGUUUAAUAUAACCUAUAUAUCUGAAAUUGUAAACUUGAAUAUAACAGCAGAAGUGGCCAGGAAUAAAUGUCUGGAACAAAUUUCAUCUGUAACUUCAGUGAAAGAUUGUCAGAAUGUGAUUGAAAAGGACUUUAACAAUACAGUUGAAUUUUGCACUGAAGAUUACAUGUUGACGGGUGAAGUGCUUUGGUCUCUUGUGGCCGUUGAAAAUAUCAAACAAAAGUGUGAGAUUGCAGUUACUAUAGAUGUAGAUUUGUGGACUCUAGAUGGGGAUGGAAUCCCAAAGCUACCAACUGUUGUAGAUACACUUUGUCCAGAUGACUGCAGCAACAGCGGAUCUUGUAUCUUGGGUUUGUGUCAGUGCAAUGUCAGCUAUGCAGGAGAUAACUGUGCUGUGAACCUGAAUGAAGCCCCUAUGCUUUAUUCAAUAGAGAAGCCACUUUGUGAUUCUUAUCUGAAGGACUGUUCAUCAGUAGUCAUAUAUGGUGAAGGAUUUGUUAACAUAACAUCAUUCAGCUGCCUUGUCAAGGAGAUGGUGGAAAACUCAAAUGGUUCUUUUAUAACCUCGGGACAAAGUGACAUUCUAAAAGCCACUUAUGUGAGGAGUGAAAUGAUAAGACUUGAUUUGACCAAAUACUUGAAGACAGAGAUCACUUGCAGCUAUACUGGUGGACUAUAUAGCAACAGGUCGCUCAAGUUUAUCACUUACAACUCAUUGUGCCAGAAUUGUGACAUCAAUGGAUGCAGCAACAGGACUGACAUUUGUAGAAUACAAGAUAAAUGCUAUGAAUAUGGCUUCCUCAAUCCAAAUAAUAUGACUCAAACAUGUAGCUCUGCAAAUAAUAACUCUUGGUCUAUUUUGUCAGUGUCACAGAUCAGUUCGUUAAUAAGGUUAGACAUUUUGGACAUUAUACAGAACUUCAUCACCACUGUCAAGUAUAACCUAACCUGGAAUGGUACUAUGCCACCAAUUCUUGUAUCUGGACCAGUUGGUGAAAAACUUGUUUCUUUGAAUGGAAAUCAAUUUAUUAUGUUUCCAUCAUUAAGUGGAGAUUGUCUUGGGAAUAUUAAUAACUGUCCACAGGGCUUUACUGUCAAGUUUAUUCUCAAGAUUAAUGAAAUUAAAGAAGGAAUGGUCAUAAUUGGUAAUGGUGCCCAAGCUACAAGUCGUUAUGGAUGGUCCAUGUGGAUAUCAAAUGGUCUUCUCUAUUUGAGAAUCAGCACUAAAACUAGAGAGUGGACAGUCCUAACUAAUCAAUUUGAUGUGGGACAGUUCCUGAAUUUGAAAUUUACCUGGCACAUUCAAUUUGGUCUCAAGUUUUUUAUUAAUGAUAAAUUGGUUGCAUCACAGCCCAAGUUCUUGAUUCGUACACCAACAGUUUUACUAGACAGUACCAAUAUUUAUAUAGGAAACAAUAUUGACACUUCAGUCUUGUCAAAUAUCAUUAUUGGUGGUUUCAAUUUCCUGUAUGUCUAUGAAGAAUUAGCUCAAACCUAUAAUAUUUCUACAUUUAUACCAACCUUUGACAAAUCUCCAUCUCUAAAAAUCACUGUACAGAAUUCCACAGCACCUAUCAACUUUACUUGUAGUUUUACAGAAAUAUUGACUAAACAAUCAGAAGUCUUAGAAUACACUGUGGCAUGGUAUAAAAAUGAAUCUUUACUCCUACAAAAUAAAUUUGUAAACAGAACAUUUGAUAUACUUGCUGAAAGCAAAGUUGGUAUUUUGGAGUAUAACCAAGAGAUUUAUUGUGGAGUCACAGCUUGCAUCCAAAGUGAUUGUAACAACACAAUGGGACCACAAAGGUUUAGUGAUCGUUUGAGAGCUGAGUUACAGAUCAAAGAGAAAGAAGUUUUAGUAACUGAAGGCCUUGACUCAGGAUCAAUUACAAUUCUCUCAACCCUUCCACCUCGUAUGUUCUGCUCUGGAAAUGUCACUGAAGAUAGCUGUGCACUACAAAUUAAUACUUAUUUUAUUGACAAUGGCAGAGACAUCAAAUGUCUAAAUGCUGAAAGAGUUCCUCAAGCUUUGAUAGUAUCUGGAGACCUAAUCAUUGGUCCUUGUAGUAGCAAGAUAACAUCUACUUCAUGGCUCGAGGGCAUUCAAGUGUCAAUACUUGCAGGAUUAGAUGGUCUCAAAGACAGUACACAAACCUUACAUCUGAAUGUCACAGCUACUUUCAAAUCAAUAACUUAUUUUGUUCAAAUGGUGAAGGUUGUGGUUGAAGACAAAGAUAUCAAAUCUGAAUGUGUCAUUGAUGGAGAUCCUCACAUUAGAUCCUUUGAUGGAAGAAAAUAUGACAACUAUUUAGAAGGACCGUUUGUUCUGACAAGAGAUAGAAAUCAACAUUAUGAAGUAAGAGGCUACCUAAGGAGAUGUACAGAUGUUCAUGAUUAUGCCUCUUGUCUCUGUGCUCUAGCUAUCAGAAUAGAAGACGAUGUUUUGGUCUUUGAUAAAUGUGGGGCAUCAAGAGGAGAACCUGGCAGGAUCCACCCUCUUACAAUACAAGCAUACAUCAAUGGCAAUCUGACAGAUGAUACUCAAAUUAUACAAUUAAAGAGUGACACAUACAAGGUCUCUCUUCCAUCUGGCACAACAAUAACUGUAUCUCCAACUCGAGGUAUACUCCGUAACAAAUAUUUAAAUGCCUUCAUUCAUCCAUCAGCUAAAGAUUAUAGAAAUUCUGAGGGACUUUGUGGAAAUUUUGAUGGGGAUGCCAACAACGACUUUAGUGUUGGCAAUAGUACAACCCAGUUCAAAGAUGAAGUUAGCUUUGAGAAACAAUGGAGAGUUUUGGAUGACACUUUAUUCACUGGCUUUUGUGGAACUCUGUCCACAUCUAUCACUUCAACAUUCUCAUUUUGUGACUGUCCACUCAGUGGAACCAAACAAUGUUAUGACAAUCCUGCUACACUUGCAUGCAGUAAGCCACAAAGAGGAAGAAGAAACAGUGGUCAAGACAUCACCAUGAAAAUACUAAACAGUAAAACAACACAGAAUCCUCCUAAAAAAUGUCUCACCACUCAAGUCAUUGGGCAGUUUGAGUACAAUGUAACUUAUGAAGUUCAGAAACCUACCAGUGUUCCUACAUUAGCUUUAAAUACAUGUAAAACAGCUAUAGAACAGAGUGCUAUCUUUAGAUCUUGUAAAGAUGUUUUAGACCAAGAGGAAGUAAAUGAUGUCCUAGAUAAAUGUGGCCUAGAUGUCCUGUUAUCUAACAACUCAGACUGGACUGCUUCAGCUUUAGUUACCAUUAACCAGAGAUGUCAGACACUGAUUCAGGUCAAUAUAGAGUUGUGGGUGAAUGUGACUACCACAAGUGGCCUGACCUUUGGUCCACCACAGAACUUGAUAGAUGUUUUGUCCUGUCCAAAUAAUUGCAGUGGACAUGGUUUUUGUCUUGAAGAUGGCUGUAACUGCAGUGCUGGCUUCAUUGGUGAUGACUGCUCUCAGAAUAGGACAACACCACCAACUGUCUAUAACUCUCUUGAAAAUAUUUGUGACUUGAGAUUAUCUGAUUGUAAAACUUUAACGGUUAUUGGAGAUGGAUUUGUUCAGUCAAAUGAUUUGACUUGUUAUAUACAAGAAAUGGAGAUGAUCAACUCCACAUAUGUGCCAAAGACCAACAAUACAUCUGUGACUGUAUCUGUGAUGUACAUCAGUUCUCAACAAGUUCUGUGUUCACUCCCUACUGCUGGAAUCUAUAAUGUAGUGGUCAGCAAUGUCAAGAAUGUCAGCAUAGUCAGUUCUAGUGUUAUCUUUGUAGCUUAUGAUUCUGUCUGCUACCUGUGUAACAGCACUGGCUGCUCUCUUAAGAGCAAUACAUGUAGAAGUGCAGGGAAAUGCUAUGGUAUCAAUUAUGUUAAUGAAAGCAAUCCUCAAGAAAUUUGUGUUGCCAAUGGCAGUAUUGUUUGGACAUUGAUUAACCGUCAAGAUAUUUACAUUUUUGACUAUUAUUUCUUGAAUAUUACAAACAAUGUUGUCAUCACCCCCACCUCAAAUUUUACCAUCAGUGGUUCAAUAAAUAGUUUAACAAGCUUAGCUAAUGGAACUAUGGGCAUAGAACUGAAUGGUGUAGAUCAGUUUGUCAACUUGUCUUCUGUAGACUCCAACAGCUGUCUGUGGAAUCCAGAAAACUGUAAAUAUGGAUUGACUCUAUCAUUUUUACUCAAGGUUGUUGAGUUGAAAGAAAACAUGUACAUUUUGACCAGUGGAGGAGAUGAAGCUAAUAACUAUGGCAUUGCCAUUUAUUACAAGAGAGGAAAGUACAUGGUUACCAUCAGUACAGCCACCAUGGAAUGGACAGUCUUCACAGACCAAAUUAAUUUGAAUGUUGUAAUGAAAGUUGACAUUUCUUGGUCAAUCCAAUUUGGUCUCAGUUUGUACCUCAACAAUGUCAUGGUGGUCAGUACAACUGAGUUUAUUAUUCGCAAUGUGGUACAGAGACCCUCCAAGAAUAUGUUCAUUGGCUGUAGCUCUUCUCUGACAGUCUAUUCUAAAAUUGUUUUUGCUAAUUGGAAACUUGUAACUGCUAGCAAAGUGAUAGAUAGUGCUGUGCCAGCUUUGACCACUGCUAUUCCAACAACAGUAGCUACUGUGUCAGUAACAAGUAACACAUCAAAUAUAACAGAAACUACAUCUAAUGUUACCUCUGGACUCAAUGCUACAACAGCUUCACCUGCUACAUCUAAUGUUACCUCUGGACUCAAUGCUACAACAGCUUCACCUGUGACAUCUAAUGUUACCUCUGGACUCAAUACUACAACAGCUUCACCUGCUACAUCUAAUGUUACCUCUGGACUCAAUGCUACAACAGCUUCACCUGUGACAUCUAAUGUUACUUCUGGACCUAAUGUUACAACAGUUUCACCUGCGACAUCUAAUGUUACCUCUGGACUCAAUGCUACAACAGUUUCACCAGUUACAUCUAAUGUUACCUCUGGACUCAAUGCUACAAUAGCUUCACCUGCAACAUCUAAUGUUACCUCUGGACUCAAUGCUACAACAGCUUCACCUGUGACAUCUAAUGUUACCUCUGGACUCAAUACCACAACAGUUUCACCUGUGACAUCUGAUGCUACCUCUGGACUCAAUGCUACAACAGUUUCACCUGUGACAUCUAAUGUUACCUCUGGAUUCAAUGCUACAACAGCUUCACCUGUGACAUCUAAUAUUACCUCUGGACUCAAUGCUACAACAGUUUCACCUGUGACAUCUAAUGUUACUUCUGGACCUACAUCAUCAUCAACUACUGUUGUCAAUCAAACUUCAAUAGCUAACACAACUACAUCUGUGUCAGCAUCCAGUGGAACAACAGUUUCUCCUUUGUCAACACAGUCAACAUCUAGUCAGACGACACAGCAAUCAACAUCAGGAAACAUUUUGAAUCAGAAUUCAACAAUUUUUUCUACAAGUCAAACAUCAUCAGGGUCUAAUGCAACUCAAAGUGCUAGCACUUCAAGUCAAACCACAACCUCUAUUAUCAGUUUUUCCAGUAAUGCAACUACGUCAUUAAACACCACUGCACCAACAUUUCAAAACACUUCAAGUACCACCAUACCCACUACCACAGGUCCACAGUACAGCAAUGUGACUAAUAUUACAUCUAGUUCUUAUGUUACUCCCACAGCCUCCCCCAUAACUAUAACUAAUGUUACAAUACCAUCAACAACGAAUGUUACUAUACCACCAACUAAUGUUACAGUUCCAUCAACUAUAUCAUCUGAUAUUUCAUUAGCAACAUCUGCAUCAUCCAAUACAUCCUCUACCAGUACAUUACCAACAAUUACAUCAACGAAUGUUACAUUAUCAACAUCUACAUUAUCAGUACCAACAGCUUCACCAUCAAACACUACAACUCCGGUAGCUACAUUAUCAACUGUUACACCAUCAUUUAAUGUUACAUCUUCAACAUUUACAACAUCUAAUGUUACAGUACAAACAGCUUCCCCAUCAAACACUACAACUCCAGGAGCUACAUUAUCAACUGUUACACCAUCAUUUAAUGUUACAUCUUCAACAUCUAUAUCUUCUAAUGUUACAGUACAAACAGCUUCACCAUCUAAUUCUACACUGCAGUCAACCACACCAUCGAAUGUUACAAUAACAACAACCACAUUGGUUAAUGCUACACUACCAACUACAUCAGACAAUGUUACAUUUUCAACAACCACAUUAUCUAAUGUUACAUUACCAACAACAACAUUACCUGUUACAUUAGCAGAAACUACAUCAUCUAAUGUUACAGUCUCAAUAACUACAUCCUCUCAUGUUACCUUACCACCUCUGACAUCAGUGGUUACUUCUAUUAGUCCUAUAGCUACUACAUUAUCAUCUGCACCUACAACAUUCUCUGUUACAAAUGCAACAUCCAAUGUAACAUUGCCAGCAACUAUAUCAUCUAGUACUAUUUUGGCAUCUUCAAUAUCCCCACAAACAUCACUAAACACCACAGUACAAUUUUACUCUACUGCCAUUGGUCAAACUGUUUCAACUACUGCCAGUGGUGCCCCACCAGAUGUAACAAGCUCUUCCCCUGGAACUACUUCUACCACAGGAACUACAUCUAUAAGCACAGCCAGUCCUACCUCUUCAUCAGGAUGUUUUGGAUCAGUAGGAAGCUAUCCAAUUAUGUCAGGUCCUCCAGUGAUAAACUUUAUAGUGACACUUUCUAGAUCCUAUAUUGAUUGCACCAUUCAGACAGCAUCAGAUGAAGCUGGCACAGUUGAAUACAAUGUGACAAUACUAACUAAUUCCUUUGUGUUAGCUAAUACAAACCUUGUGACUUCUAGAGUACAAGUUUCUGACCUUACAAGUGAUCAGAAAAAAUCUAUUAUUAAUUUUGGACUUUCAUGUAUUGUGGUGGCUUACAAUCCUCAACGCUGUGGAAAGACUAAGAGUCCAGAACUAAAUUAUGUUCUUGCUCCAUGGAACUUAAAGGUCACAACACCAAGUGAAAUAAUUGAUGAAGUGGAAGGCUCAACAAUAUCUAUAAGCAGUAACAAAACCAUAAGUAUAGAAUUGUACUGUAUUUUGAAAUAUGAAGCUCUCUGCAGCAUUUUGAUCCAAGCUCGAAUACAGAGCAGCUCUAUAAAUAAAUGUUACAAUGGCAAAGACAUUCCACUUCUGGUGAUAAAGUCAAAGGAGUCAUGUUCUAAUUGUGGUGCCUUUAUAACAUCUUUAGCUAACUCCACAGUCCUGGAAGUUGAAGUUGUUAAGGAUAGAGUUAUCAGAACGAAUCAAUCUGUUUCUGUUGAUGUGAUUCAAGUUGAUGUUGUACAAUCAUCUUUGUAUGAAAAAUAUCUUACACGAUUAAAUUUUAUAGUCAAAAAUAGAGAUCUCCCUGGAUUGUGUAAGAUUGUUGGUGAUCCACAUGUCUUCACUUUUGAUAACACGAAAUAUGAUGUGAUGUCUGCAGGAGAAUUCAUUUUGUACCUCCACAAUGUAUACCCUGUUCAGAUCAAUGGCUAUUUCUACUUUACUGGUGCUGGCUCAAGUGCUUGUGGUUUCACUAUUCGUUCUGGAAAUGAUGUUAUUAGAGUGAGUAAGUGUGACACCAUUAAAGAUGAACAACAUCCACUGACAGUAAACUUAUUCUUGAAUGAUACGCUGACACCAAAGACUGAGGUAUAUCAGAGUGACAAUGGCGACACAAUUAAGAUCUUGUUGCCAACUGGAACUGUGGUAGAAGUAAAGAAUUCAGUGGAAGCUUCAAUGAAUAUUUACAUCAGACCUUCUGUUACUGACAUUGGUCAAACUAAAGGUUUGUGUGGUAUUUAUGAUGGAAACAAAACCAAUGAUUUACUAGGCAGAGAUGAUGUGUGGUAUUAUAUUAGUGGUACUGGCCUUGAGGAGCCAAAUGACUUCAGCAGGAGUUGGAGUGUUGUAGAGACUGAAAGUUUGUAUAAAGGCUAUAAAGGUCUCCCCAUAUCUGUACCAUCUGCUUCAUACUGUAGCUGUGAUGUCAUUGGUAAUCUUACAUAUCUUGAUCAAGGGGAUGUUACUGCAUGUGAUUUUGAUGGUCAAGGUGUAAAUAUAACAGCUAUCCUUAUUCAAGACUUUAAGUAUGUUGUAAGCAAUAGUCAAACUCAAACAAAUGGACGAAAGCGCAGACAGAGUGAUUAUAUAUGGCAAUAUCAAGCACCUCAAAGCACGCCUUCCAGCUUUACCUAUACCAUAGAACAAGGCUUGGAUAUAUGCAACACAAGUGUUCUCAGCAUGCCUUCCUAUACUUACUGUUCCAAUUUGUCAUCUGACUUUUAUGAUGCAGACAUCAAAACUUGUGCUAAAGAUAUUCAUUUUACAAAUUCAACCGACUGGGCAAAAGUUCUAGUUCAGGACCUACAGAGAUCAUGUUUAGCCACUAUCACUGCUACAGCUGGUUUGUGGGAUACAAAAGUUGUGGAUAUUCUCUGUACCAAUAACUGUAGUGGUCAAGGAACAUGCAUUAAUGCUACCUGUCAAUGCUCAUCACUUUACACUGGAGAAGAUUGUAGCAUUCGGAGAGAAUCUCCACCACUGGUAUAUAAAAUUAAUACCAAAUGUGCUGUGGAUUCAAAUAACUGUAACAAAUCGGAAAUACUGGGUGACAAUUUUACUGACAAUACUACCUGUGAACUGUCACCAUUAAAUACUUCAAGUGCUGGUUCACUGUAUGGCAUGAAGAUAAAUGUUCCUGCAAUUUAUCGUUCAAAAUAUAGAAUUUUCUGCCCUAUCUCUGAUUCACGAAGUUAUUCUAUAAGAGUGAAGAAUGGAAACGGUGGUUUAAGCACUGACUCAAUUUAUUUUGUUUUGUAUAAAUCCACCUGUUCAGUCUGUGAUUUCACAAACCCAAUAUGUUCAUCUUUAAAUAAUACUUGUAAUAUUGAUGGCACAUGCUAUUCUAAUGGAGAAAAGAAUCCUCAAGACUCGCAAAAAAUGUGUAAUACAAGUGUAUCAUCAAAUUCUUGGGUUGAUAUGUUUUCAGCCAUUGGGAUGUCUUCCACAACAGUUCAACCACGACUAGAUAAUACAGAUUCAGUAGAAUUUAACUCAAGAACUGUCAUAAUAGUCACUUCUUGUAUAGCUGGAAUAUUGCUGAUAGUUGUGAUUGUUGUAUCAAUUGUCAUUGUCUUGAGAAGGCGCAGACUGCAGGGAAGAAUGAAAAAGCUGAACACAUCAUUAUCAGAUGAAGAUUCUAUCUAUCAACAUGACAGACUCUAUGAUGGAUCACAUGGUUUAAGAACAGACAGAAGUUUAAUGUUUUAUAACCCAUCCAUAGCACCAUCUUACUAUGAAGUUGGACCAUAUCAAAAUGAAAAUUCUGUACAAAUUUAAGUAAUUAAUCCCUUUUUUUUAACAAAAGAUCAUAGAUUGUAUUAAAAAUAACAUUUUAGGCCUAAAUAAUAGCAAAAAAUUAAGUUAUUCUGUCCAUGUUUGGUAGACAAUAAUAUUAUGAAAAUUUGAUGAGUAAACCUUAAACUGUUGUUAAAAAUAUACGUCUUAAUAAAUUAAUUAUAGGAACUUCUUAAAAAUUGGUUUAAAUUCAAUUUUAUUAACUAAAAAAAGAAGAAAUAUAUAUAUAGAAGAAAUUAUCCUUUCCCUAGUAAAUAAUUUUCCCAGACAAACACAGAAGUUUAAAAAAAUUUGUUUUUAUAGUCAACCCUGAAAGAUAUAUUUAACAAUAUGUUCAAAUGUGAAACUGUUGUUUUAGAGAAACACAUGGAAAUACAACCUAUUCAAUAUAUAUAUAUAUAUAUAUAUUUGUACCUGGAACAAUCAUAUUUAUAUUAAAGCAAUGUAGGCAGUGCUGCAUUGUCAGUGUGUUGACCACACGUUCAUGAAAAACUGAACAUAAUAUAGUAUAGUGUACAGCACUGAAACUGUCAUAUGUAUGUUUUUUUGUUGAUUAAAUCUGUUAUGCAUUCAACUUUGUUGUGCCUUGAAUGUAUGUUGUAUAUUUGAUCCAUUUUAAUAUGAAUUUAGUAUAUACAAAUUAUUAAAUGUAUGUUCUAUAUUUGAUCCAUUUUAAUAUGAAUUCAUCAUUUACAAAUUAUUUGUUUUAUAUAUUUAUUGCAUUCAAGUUUUUAUUAUAUGAAUAUAUUGUUUUUCAGUACUUUUACACAUUACUUGUAAUUCCCUGUUGUUUUUUUAAUUUUAUAAUAGUUUUAAAGAAAUUAAUGCACAGGUUUAAUUUAUUGACAUUUUAAAAUAAUAGCAUAAUUAGUAUCAGGAGAUUUUCCUAGGAUUUAAAUUGAAAAUUUAGUAUCCUUGGUAGUACCACGAAGACAUUUUCUUCAAUUCUGAGGAUUUAAGAUGAGUGCAGCAUUUCACUAGCACUAUUUGUUGUCUUUUACUCAAUAUAAACCUGAUCAUAACUUGCAAUUACAAGUAUUUAGAGCUCAUUUGUCAUAUUUAAACAAAUAUUUUUAUUGACAUAUUGUUAUAUAAAAACAUGUAUAUUUAUUUAUAAAUAAAUGUGUAUACAAAUAAAUGACAUACAAGCCUA